AUGUCUCGGCUCUGGCAGAGCAUCGUCAAUGACAAGGCCACCAUCGAUUUCGAGCCGGAGAAAGAUAUCCCCUCUCUAGCUGGCAAAGUCAUUCUCGUCACGGGGGGCAACAACGGGCUUGGAAAACAAGCCAUUUGCGAAUACAUCAAACACGGCCCCAAGCAGAUCUGGCUUGCGGCAAGAAACGUCGCGGCUGCUCAGGCGGUAGUGGACGAGAUACAUCGGCACAAGCCAGACUCGCCGGUGAAGAUUCUCAAAAUGGACCUGUCCUCGUUCGAGUCCGUCAAGCAAGCUUCCCGGACGUUCCUCGCCGAGUCUGACCGACUCGACAUUCUCAUGCUGAAUGCGGGCAUCAUGGCGGCCGCCCCGGCUCUCACAGAGGACGGGUAUGAGCUUCAGUUUGGCACCAACCACAUGGGCCACGCGCUGCUCACCAAGUUGCUCCUCCCCAUCUUGGAAAAGACGGCGUCGCAGCCCGGCGCCGACGUCAGGGUCGUGUCGUUGUCGUCUAGAGCACACCUCCUAGCCCCAAAGGAAGGCAUCGUGUUUGAUUCGCUCAAGACCAGGGCGGAGGAGAUGCAGACAUUUGCGAGAUACGGGCAGAGCAAGCUGUCCAAUGUCCUCUUUGCUCGGCAACUAGCGGCGCAUUACCCUCAAUUCACGGUCACCGCUAUUCAUCCUGGUGUCGUGCGAACAAACUUGGUGAACAGUAUGACGGGCGUGGGGAUGAUCUACAGAAUCCUGGGACCCUUGGUGAGCUGCUUUUUGACUCCGGUGAAUCAGGGCGCCAAGAACCAGCUGUGGGCGACUGUUGCGAAGGACGUGAAGAGCGGAGAAUAUUACGAGCCGGUUGGUGUGAGUGGGAGGUCGAGCAAGCUCGGGACUGAUGAGGAUUUGGCAAAGGACUUGUGGGAUUGGACUGCGCGAGAACUUGAGGGCUGGUCGUUGUGA